AUGGCUGUGGUGAAGCGUGGAAUCCCCAAGCAACAAUACAUGCGCGUCGAUGAGAAAGUCCUCUACUGGAUUGGUGCUAGAAAACCAGCCAGCGAUGCACCCAGCAAUCUUGGAUACCAGUCCCUUCUCCUCGCACUGAGCGAUCAGAUGUUGGCCGUUUGUUUGUGUUAUCUCAUCGCCACCUAUGUUCAGGUCUGCAAGGUCUCGCUGUACUCUUUCCAUAUCGGCGCCCAGCUGGGGUAUCUAUCAUCCUGUGUUCACCUGUGCACCCUUUUGGUUCUCAAGUCGUACUUCAGAAAACACCCCAAGCAGGCCAUUUUAAGGGGUGCCCUAAUGAUGAUCUUCAUGGGACUUCUAGCUUCAACUCUUGCCCUUGACAUCAUUACGUUAUCUGAGCCACGCGCAAGAUUAUUCGUUUGCGGACUGCAUAAUCCAACACGGAAUCGCCUGGAGAGGUUGGUGCCCAGGUUAUUUGGAAUAGUUGUGCUAUUGAUGUUUAUCUAUUGGAACGCAUUCCGGUCAAUCAAAUUGGACGCCUCGCUUAGUUACAGACCCGAGAACAGAGCGUUGACGAACAUAGUACUGCGACGAAUCUACUCCAGCCAUCAAGGACAGGCAGAUCUUCAGAUCUACUUCGAACGUAGGGAGGACAAGGUUCAAUGUGACAAUCGGAAAAAUGCCACAAUGUUAGAGCAACAGGCCAAAUCUUGGAAAGCCUUCAGCAUCGUCAUACCGCCAGUUAUUGGGGAAAUGUUUGGCUCAGUUCUGUCCGAACUCCUGAUUGCCAUCUGUUCGUUUUGUGUAGCUAUAUACUCGCUGGUCACUGGUCUCUUUUACCAAGGUGUUGACACUAAAGAACUCUUCACUGCAAGCUUUGGUCAAAUCAUGCCCAUGCUCCUGCUAAUAGUUAUCGCCUUGACUGCUAUCGAGGUUGGCACUAUUAAGAACUUUCGGGGAAUAGAGAUCGAAACCGAGAUAAAUAAACAACUUGCUUCAAUACAUGUUCCUCCAGUACUUGAGGGUGUUGCAUCGUCGAGCCGAGCCUUGUCCCAGGGGACACAGAGGAAUUUGACAAGCAUUGCAGAAGGGAGUCCGCCGAAGACUUACGGAAACUCGAUCAUGCCUAUGGCUUCAGCAUCGUAUAGUCAGCCGGACCUCUCAGGCAAUGCCGGAUUCGGCUCAAGGGUCGAUUCAAUGACCAGAUGGAUGACCCCUCGAAGGACAAAUACACUCGAUAUUGAAGAAGGCAAAACUUACCUUUUCCCUUCCCAAGAGCCAACGGCCGAUAUUCUUGAUAUAGCUCUCAGGAGUGCUAAAGUAGCGACGUAUACUGCCAUCUGCUUUAUACUUUUCUUCGUUGCCGGGUUUAUUGUGCUGGUCUUUUUCUUCUACGAGUUUGCUGUGCCAGUUGCGGCGGGUUUAGUGUUCAUUGGAUUUAUCCUUGAUCUCUUUUGGUCAAUACGAGGAGUCAGCAAGGUGAAAUGA